CCAGAGCUGGAUGAGUGCUCAGCAGUGUUCAGGCACUGCCCAGCUCUCCUGUGAGCUGACAGAGGAGUUCAGGAACAUAUCCACUGAAUACGCUACAUUUGUUCAGAGCAUUAGAGGAACUCAGGUGCUCAAUUCUUCUGUGCUGCGUUUUGUGCCACUCAGCCAGACAAUUCUGGGACCACCAGAAGUGAAUAUCACUUCCUGUCCAAACUGCAUCAAUGUCACCAUAAAGCUGCCAACCUCUCACUUCAGAAAAGGGGGAAAGCUGCAGUCUUUGAUUGAUAUCUAUACAGAGCUGGAUUAUAUCAUCACACUGAAAUCACAGGAUGGAGAGCAUAAGAGGCCACGGCAGAGAACCACUGAAGAAGAGUUCAGUACUGUCAUUGGGGAGUUGUAUCCCAGCAGGAAUUACUGCUUGUCUGUGGCCAUCACUGCAUCCCUGAACAGAAAUUCCAGGCCCUCCCCCUGGAAAUGUGUCACUGCAGACUCAGAGGCUCAGACACAAGGUUACCAUGCAGUUGCAGUUGCACUGGCAGGGGCUGUCUGUGUUUCAGUGGUCAUCCUUGCAGUCCUGAGGUGUGUGCAUGCAGCAGGUUUCAUCCUCAGGAAGAUUUCCCUGCCUCAGACCUUGGCAUUCAUCAGGAAGUUGGCCUACUCACCUUGGGUGGCAGAGCCAGAAAAGCUGGCCUGUGUGGAGAUCAUCCCCACAGAGGUGAAGAGCAGGGCCAGGGGCUGCAGAGGCAGUGCCAGUGAGGACAGUGACAGCAGUGACAGUGACAGCAGUGCCCUGUGUGACCACGACUACACCAGGCGCGCGGGGCUGGGCGGGGACCGCGCCCCCCGGGGCCGUGCCACCCCCAGCAGCCUGGGGCAGUACUCGGUGAGCAGCAGCUGUGAGCACAGCAGCAGCCAGGCUGGGGACACGCCUGCCCAGCCACAGCACUGCCAGCCACAGCAGGGACACGGGGGGCAGCCUGAAGGGGCUGGAGACACCAGCAGCGAGUUGCUGAGCGCUCUGUCGGAGGGCAGCAGCGAGUGCUUCACCAUCGGACUGGACACGGUGCUGCUGGGAGCCCCGGAGCAGGAUGGGCACGGCUCUGCAGCUGCUGCCCCAGCCCAGGAAGGGGCAGCUGGCUGCCACUGUGAUCCUGCUCUGCAGGCAAAGCUCCUGGAGGACACAGAAAGUGAGCAGGAAGCACCUUGUUCUAAUGACUUCCACGAGUGGCAGAACUCUUCUUCUGAGGAAAGCGAUUCCUUGGACUCGGACACAGAGCAUGUAACGGGGUACAUGAGGAGAUGAAGGCAGAACUGCUUUUACUUAUAACAUAGGAACUGGUAUUGUCUAACUUUAGUUUCUGCGCUGAAUGCACAGAUCUUGUCCUUUCAUUAACAUCCUGUGAGCAUGGGCUCCUACAGGAAGAGUUAGGGUGUUUGUCUGGAGGAGGAUCCAGACAUCCCCUUUCUGUGCCCAGAGGGCCUUUGGACAAGGGAUGGAGGGACAGGACAAGAGGGAAUGGCUUCAAACUGACAGAGGGCAGUUUUGGGUUAGAAAUUGUUCCCUGUGAGGGUGGGGAGAGACAAUUCCCAAGGGCUGGAGGGACAGGACACAGGGAAUGGCUUUCCCAGGAUUAGAUGGGAUCUUGGGCAGGAAUUGUUCCCUGGCAGGGUGGGCAGGGCUGGCACAGGGUGCCCAGAGCAGCUGUGGCUGCCCCUGGA